UUUACAUAUUAAGUAAAAAUCUUCUUCUUACCUGUUUCUUUCUCCUACUUUUAUGUAUAUUGGCCCAAUUGGCAAGUGUCGAUAAUUGCGCCAAAAUCAAAUAUAUUAUGUAGUCAUAUGUAAAUAUGUUUUAAAGUUUACAUAAAAUUGAAGUGUCAAUAAUUGCGCCAAUAUUCAUAAAGUUGGUGAUUUUACGCGGGUACGACGUGUUUUUGUCCGGUUAAGUGUUAAAUUGUGAAUUUUUUAUAUAAAUUAAUUGAAAAGUGUCGGGAAAAAUGCCGAAAAUACGUAAAUGUCGUGUGCGCGGGUGUGGGAGUACCAGCGAAGGGGUAUUCCGGCUUUUCUGCUUCCCAAAUGAAUGGGUGCUGGCUGAAAAGUGGAAGGAGAAUCUAAAAAUUUCUCCCACUGACCACUUUGCAGCCACCAACUCAUUCGUUUGUGAGAAGCAUUUUCAGAAAGAGGCAAUUGGCGCAAGAAGGCUGAAAAAGGAUGCAGUACCAACGUUGGAAUUAGGUAAGUGCAAUUCUUUUAUUCAAUUGUAAUAUUUCUUGUGGGUGCUACGAUCUUUUGGUGCAAAUACCAGUGCUUGUGUGUGUUUUCCUUUUUGCGGGUGCAAAUACCAGUGCGUGUGCGUGUGUGUGUUGUGAUCUUUUGGUUGUUUUGUGUGUUGUGAUAUUUGCGGGUGCACAUACAAGUGAGUGUAUUUUUAAUGCACUUAUAUUGAUCCGCUAAUAAAAUAAUAAGGACAGUGGCCUGCGGUGAAUAAAGUUUAUGUGGAUCCAAAAAUGGGAAGGAAUUAAAAGCAGUGAACGAAGCUAAAUUAUUGUAAACAAAUUGGAAAAAGGUUUUUUUGUAUAGUUUAACCCAGAUAUGGCAAAUUAUUUUAUUUUAUUUUCAUUUUUCUUAUAAUCUGAGAUAUUAUCAUGUGAAAAGUUUAAGUCUAGUUUAACUAAAAAAACAACAAUAUUAAAUAAGAAAAGGGAAAUUGUUUAAUAUUUUGUUGAAAAUCCUUUGUUGGUUAAAACUGAUCGACAGCAUAAAUGCAAUGAUUGCAUUGAGCGGCGAUAUAUUCGCGGAGUAUUGGAAUAUAUCUUUUAUACUCUUAGGGAGAAUGAACCAGGAUGCCCUGGAAAACUUUUUUUAUAAAAUUCGCGCAAGUUUAGGAGCAAACAAUCAUCCAUCCGCACAUGAAAUACAAUAUAUUGUAGCAAGACUAUUGUCUAUGCAUAUAUUGCGACGGAACUUCUCGCAAACAGGCAGCAAUUGCGAAGAAGACGAUGACAUCAACCUAGAUUGGAAUAUUGGACAGGACGACGACCUUAAAGAAAAUUUAAAACCGUCUGAGCAACUUGCCGUGGAACAAAUUUGUAUUCCAGAUGAGCAAUUUGCUGAGACAGAAAAAGUAGCAGAAAAACAGGUUCGUCGUUAUUAUACUGGGUAUGCGAUAUACCAAAAGGUUUUUUGUCGACUAAAGUGCGAGAAAUGUGCCUUAUUAAUGCAAAAGAAGGAUUUAUCAUUACAAGACUCAUCGGAAGCCCUUAUAAGGUCGAAGAAUUACAAAGGAGACAAUGACCUAAGGCUGGUUAAUCCCGACGAUAGAGUAUUUGAAAUAAGCCGCCUCCAAAUGAGCUGCUAUAAAGAGCUCUUUAUAGCAAAUUCUUGCAGAGUGGGUAUAAAAUCAAUGAUUUUAGCCCAGAUUACUGCAAUUACACAAGAGAAAUACCCAGAGUGGUAUACCGAGGCAGGAGAUUGCCUCGAACAUAGGCACCAAUUUUUGGACUUUUUAAUAACAGUUUUACUGUUCAAGAACGCGAAAUGGCUAGCACACCAGCAGGAAGAGCUGUACAAAAAUGAAGUAAGGGCGAGGGGCUACAACAAAAAACAAAAAUUAAAAAAACUGGCACGAUAGAUUGCAGGCCAUAUUUAAUUGUUCUAGUGACUUUCGUUGGAUAAAAGGUAAAAGAAAUACAUCCAAUGCAAAAUAUAUUAUUGAAAUAACUAACACAUUUUUUCCUUCUUUUUUCAGCUUCUUCACAAACUAAUAAUGUUCUUUUUUUUCUUUCAGGGUAGAUUAAGUUGUAAAUAGUUUUGUAGUAUUAGUUAUUGUUAGUUUGUAGUUAGUUUUAGUAUUUAUUAACUUAGUAAGUAGGUAGUAUGAACACGUGAGCCAAGCUUUAAAAAAAGCUGGUGAAAAAGACCUAAUCUUUAUUGAUUAGGUUGUGUGAGAAUUUGUGGUUGUGGGUAGACAAAUUCUGAAAAUCGUGUUUAAUUAAAAUUAUAUUCUUUUAUAUGUUUAUUUCUAAUAAAUUGAA